CUAGUCGCCACCACCGUCCAAGAAAAAAUCUGACGUCAAGAAGAGCUCUACUUCGACCGACAGUAAAGUCAAAUAUACCACAAAUUCAGACGGAGAUAAAAUGCUCGAUCUUACCGGAAAAAAAUUUGUUUGCGUCCGGCAGUUUAAAGGUCGUGUUUUCGUGGAUAUACGUGAAUAUUACGAAGAUAAAUCAAGCGGCGAUCUGAAGCCAGGAAAAAAAGGUAUCUCGUUGAACGUCGAACAGUGGGAUUUUCUCAAAGGCUUGAUGGACGAUGUUGACAGAGAUAUUGUAAAUGUUCAUCGUUGA